UCCCACACCCUUCCAACUACCACUACUGUACGGGUCACGACAAUGGCUCAAGAUGGGGUGCCUGCCGGCUCGACCGACGCGGCCGACUCUACACAAGAAAAGUCGUAUGGCGCAGCAGCAGGACGGUGGUCUGGCUACGUGCGCGAGCUCUUCACGAAUCCGAACGGGCCCCCGCUCGGUUCGGUGGAUCCAGACAAGAUCGAGCAAGCCGCACGCGAGAAGCUGAAAGACAGCCCUGGCGCAUGGGGCUUCCUGUUUGGAAACGCGGGCUCGGGCUCGACAUUCCGCGCGAACCGCGACGCGUUCGCGCGGUGGCAGAUCGUGCCGCGGAUGCUGCGCGACGUGACGCAGCGCAACAUCGAGGUCACCCUCUUCGGCACCAAGUACUCCUCCCCGCUCAUCGUCGCGCCCAUCGGCUGCCAAGCCUGCUUCCACCCGGACGCCGAGCUCGCCACUGCACGCGCCGCGGGCGCCCUCGGCGUCCCGCUCGUCCUCUCCGGCGCCGCCUCGCGCUCCCUCGAGUCCGUCGCCGCAGCGAACGGCCCGCACGCCCCGCGCUGGUUCCAGCUCUACUGGCCGCGCAACGACGCCUUCACCGUCUCCCUCCUCGCCCGCGCGAAGGCGAGCGGGUACAGCGCCCUCGUCGUCACCGUGGACACGAUGGCGAUCGGGUGGCGGCCCGCGGACCUCGACCACACGUUCCUGCCGUUCGCGCACGGGGUCGGCAUCCAGGUCGCGCUGAGCGACCCGGCGUUUAUGGCCGCGCAGGGGCGCGCGCCGCACGGCGAUGCGGAGGUGCCCGCGUUCCCGUACGACCCGGCGAGGGUGCGGGCGCUGUACGAGGCAGGGGACGCGCGGACGCGGGAGAUGGUCGAGCUCGCGGCGACGUGGGGGCGGGAGAGCGUGAACGGGACGUUUAGGACGUGGGAGGACGUGAGGUUCUUGAGGCGGAAUUGGGAGGGGCCGUUGAUCGUCAAGGGGAUCUUGGCUCCGCAGGAUGUGGAGAUUGCGAUUGACGAGGGGAUAGACGGGGUCAUUGUCUCCAACCAUGGUGGACGCCAAAUCGACGGAUCGAUAUCCUCCCUCGUGGCGCUCGAGAGGAUCAUGAAGUCGCAGAAAGUAAGAGGGGCACAGGCGGGCGGGCAGCUCACAGUACUGUUCGACUCUGGAAUCAGGACAGGCUCGGACAUUUUCCGAGCUCUUGCGCUCGGCGCGCAAGGCAUUUUAUUGGGGCGCCCGUGGGCGUACGGGCUGACGGUUGCAGGCCAGGCAGGAGUGGAGGCGGUGAUCAAAAGCAUCCUGGCGGACUUUGAGCUCACGUUGGGUCUUGCCGGUCACAGGACGGUUGCAGAUAUCCAAGGGAAGGCGGACGAGGUGCUGGUUCGCGCGGAAUGAGGGGAUCUGGCGGACGUGGUUGGCUGGAACGUCAGGUGUAUUGGAUAGAGUCGUCGGACGUAUACACUGCUAGACAACAGGUGGUGGCGGGCCGGUGGCGGACGUGAUUGUGGAAUUCCACAGUCCAGCCAGACAUUGAUAUUACGUGGCAACUAUGCACAAG